UGGGCACCACUGAAGGAUUUAAAAAUGGAUUACAACCUGACCACACCGUCCACCACUCCUCAGGGAGACGACUGUGACCUGUACAUGCAUCAGAACACAGCCCGGAUAUUAAUGCCUCUGCAUUACAGCAUUGUCUUCAUCGUUGGGCUUUUUGGGAACUUACUAGCCUUGGUUGUCAUUUUCCAAAAUAGGAAAAAAAUCAACUCUACCACCUUAUACUCAACCAAUUUGGUGAUUUCUGACAUACUGUUUACCACAGCUUUGCCUACACGGAUAGCUUAUUAUGCACUUGGCUUCGACUGGAAAAUAGGUGACGCCUUGUGCAGGAUAACGGCUCUUGUGUUCUACAUUAAUACCUAUGCAGGUGUGAACUUCAUGACCUGUCUGAGCAUUGACCGGUUCUUUGCUGUGGUUCACCCUCUGCGCUACAACAAGAUGAAACGAAUUGAACAUGCCAAAGGUGUCUGUCUGUUUGUCUGGAUUCUAGUAUUUGCUCAAACACUCCCCCUCCUCAUAAAACCUAUGUCAAAGGAUGAGGCUAAAAGGACUACCUGCAUGGAAUACCCAAACUUUGAAGAAACCAAAUCUCUUCCCUGGAUUCUGCUUGGUGCAUGUUUAAUAGGAUACAUUCUUCCACUCAUAAUCAUUCUCAUCUGCUAUUCCCAAAUCUGUUGCAAACUCUUUAAAACUGCCAAACAGAACCCACUAACUGAGAAAUCUGGUGUCAACAAAAAGGCCCUCAACACGAUCAUUUUCAUAAUCAUUGUGUUUAUUAUCUGUUUCACACCUUAUCAUAUUGCAAUCAUCCAACACAUGAUUAAGAAACUUCGUUUCUCUGACCUCCUUGACUGUAGCCAAAGACAUUCGUUCCAGAUUUCUCUACACUUCACUGUGUGCCUGAUGAAUUUCAACUGCUGCAUGGACCCAUUCAUUUACUUCUUCGCAUGUAAAGGUUACAAGAGAAAAGUUAUGAAGAUGUUGAAACGCCAAGUCAGCGUAUCAAUUUCCAGUGCUGUGAGGUCGGCCCCAGAAGAAAACUCCCGAGAAAUGGCAGAAACACAAACGAUGAUCCAUUUCAAGUCUUCAAAUGGAAAGUCAAUGUAA